AUGCAUAGAAUUUCCAUCGAAGAUAACACGACACUAAAGAGAGAUGCUCAAAGACGCCUUAAUCCAUCCAUGAUAGAGGUAGUAAAGAAAGAGAUCCAGAAACUGUUGGAUGCUGGAAUGAUAUACUCGAUCUUCGACAGUGAUUGGGUUAGCCGGGUUCAUGUCGUGCCCAAGAAAACUGGCGUGACAGUGGUGAAAAACUCAUCAGGAGAGCUAGUCUCUACCCGAGUCCAGAAUGGAUGGAGGGUUUGCAUCGAUUACAGGAAGUUGAACGCAGCUACCCGAAAAGACCAUUUUCGAGCGAUUGCUAGUAAGACCCAUUAUUGUUGUCUCGAUGGGUACUCAGGACUUUUCCAAAUUACGGUGGCACCUGAGGAUCAAGACAAAAUAACUUUCACUGCCCCUUUGGAACGUUUGCGUAUAGACGAAUGCCGUUUGGACUCUGUAAUGCUCCGGCCACUUUCCAGAGAUGUAUGGUGA